AUGGCUGGUACCGGUCCCAGGACACGGAGCAAAGCCGCUGCGACAGAGCCGGUCGACGACAAUGAUGCUGGCGCCGACGACGAGGCGCGGGAGCUCGCGCGGGAUAUGGCCAAGGCGCUACGGGAAGAGAAACAAGAGGCCGAGGCCGCCCGCAAGGCCGAAAGUGACAAGCCGCCGUCCGGGCCUCGCGCAGCGAGGGUAAACCACAGCUUGGGCCUAGGCGUGCACCGUGACCGUCAGGCUACUCCGCCUCGCUCUCGUGGUGGCGGUACCAAGCCUCGCGGUGGCGGGAACAAGGCUCGCGGUGGCAGCAACAACGCCCGUGGUGGACGUAGCAAGUCUACGGGUCGUGGGGCAGGGAAAGCCAAGAAGACCGUGGAUGACCAGGGUCCCGCCUCCGCCGAGACCGCCGCCUCCCAAUCCACCAACCCAUCAGCUCGCACGUUGCCGAUACCCCGUCCCAAGGCAAAAUCCGUUGUGCUUAAGUUGAAGUACACGCCGCUCAGCAAGUCCCAGCUUGGCGGUGAGGGAGAACCCGAAGAUGAAGAACCGGCGCCCGCGGAGACACCCGAGCCCCGCAAGACGGCUGCUCGUAGCAAGUCCGCGCCGUCCCGACGUCGGAAGGGUGAGAAUGGCAGUGAUGGCGAAGAAGACGAGGACGAGGAGGGACCCAGCGGCGAAGAUACCGACCCCGACGGUGAUAAAUAUGUUGAGGACGAAGAUGAGGGCCUCGGCGACGGUGAAGACGAGGAUGAGGACGAGGACGAGGGUGAGGACGAGGACGACGCCGACGGCGUCUCGCAGGCGAAGGUGGCAAAGAAGCGUAAAGGUCCUGGCAAACUUGAGCAGCGCAAGCUGAACAAGUUCAAUGAGAGCCGCGUUCAGGACAUGGGUAGCCAGGCUAUCCACAAGCCGACCGAUAGCCCCGCCCGACGCGCUCAUAUCAGGCCCAUUGACCCGAACGAAAGUAGCGGGGAGGAGAACGAAGUCCCGCAGGAUAAGGGCAAGCAACCCAUCCGCACCCCUGAGCACCUUCUCAUCAGCACUGCCCAAUCGCAAGUCAAGAGCGCUACGCAGCACAAGGCUUCAAGGACGUCAGCGGAUUCGAGUGAAGGGAAUGCCAUUAACGACCGCGCUCAUCAGUCUGGCAACGAGUCAGGAUCUUUGCCACCGCGUGUAAGGACGGACAAGUCGACUAAACGCGCUGUCAGGGAACGCAGUCAGCCGCCCGUUGAACCCGAGGACGGCGACACCGAUGUGGGCUCUAUCGACGAGUCUCAGAUCGAUCAUACGCAGCUGAAAUGCAAGGACGCGGCGCCGGCCACGAUGAAGGACCUCUUGCGCAUGGAGGACGAGGUGGACCGGUACAGCCAGGUGAGCAAUUUCUCCUGGAUCGAGCGCAUCGAGCGCGGGCGCAAGUGCGCGGGCACACGCGGCGUGCGGGCACACACGGGUGCGGGCAAUCGCUUGCGCGAUCUGAGCGCUGGCCAGCGCGGGAAGGGAUUGUCGGCGCGAUGA